AUGACAUUUUCAUGUAAUUAAGCUAUUGUUUUCAAAUGGGUUCAUCUAGAUCGAUCUUCUUCUUUCCACUAGAUUUAGUACUACAUUGAAGAUCUCUACUCCAUUUUCCCUCUUUUAGAUGCUUCCACGGAAUCUAGCUAGAUUGGAAACAAAAAUGGAAUUUCCGGUCAUGUCGAUCAUGAUCAUCUGCACCACCCUAAUCCUAGUGUGUUCUCCAUCUGGAUCAUUGGCUAAGACUGCUUCGUCACCCCCAGCUCCGAUAAUCCUAACUCCGGCCCCAGCUCCGGCACCUCAUUAUGUAAACCUGACCGAUUUGCUGACCGUGGCCGGUCCAUUCCACACUUUCUUAAACUACCUCAUCUCAACAAAAGUAAUCGAUACAUUCCAAAACCAAGCCAACAACACAGACGAAGGAAUCACCAUCUUUGUCCCAAAAGACAGUGCUUUCUCUUCCCUAAAAACCCCAUCUCUAUCCAAUCUCACCAAUGAACAGAUCAAGUCAAUCUGCCUAUUCCACGCCCUGCCUCAUUUCUAUAGUCUCGCCGAUUUCAAGAAUCUCAGCGAAUCAGGUCCUGCGGUGACAUUUGCCGGCGGGGGCUACACAUUGAACAUAACUUCCGUUUUUGGCACAGUACACUUGAGCUCGGGAUGGGCAAAAACAAAGAUCAGCAGCAGUGUUCUUUCAACCGACCCAAUUGGGGUUUACGAGGUGGAUAAGGUUCUUCUUCCAGAGGCUAUUUUUGGGACGGACAUUCCCCCUACAGCAGCCCCGGCUCCAGCUCCGGUUAGUGAGGUGGCGCCAGCUGCAGACUCUCCGGUUGGGGAAGAACAUGGGUCGUCGUCAUUGCCCAAAUCGACGAAGAAGUCGUCAGCAUUAUCAGACAGGGUUUUGGGUCUAGGAGCUUGGACUUGGUUGAUCUUGGCCAUCUUGUUGUGAGGAAUGAAUUAAAGGAAUGAAGGAGGGUUUGUAUUCAUUUAAUGAAACUUAUCUUAUAUUUUGGUAAGUUGGUGGAGAUUGAUUUAUUGGUUUUUAUUGCUUCAGAUUUUUGGAUCUCAUAUUUUUCUUAUUAUUGUUGUUGAUGAUUAUGAUUCUUGAUUUCUUGAAUUACUUCUUUAUUGUUGUAAUUACUAUAUUGGGGAUUUUGGUUGUUUAAGUUUAA